AUGCCACGCCAGCAUCCGUAUGGCGGAUAUGAAAGAGGUGGAAAGGGACCUUAUCGCGAAGGCAGGCGCUUCUCUCGGGGUCGUGGUCGAGGAGGACGUGGCAGGCAAGCCCACAUGCCCUAUCCUUUGUCCUAUGGCGAGGGACUUAGUAUGUCAGGUGCCCCACUUCCACCAUGGGGCGCGCCUUUCCCGAUGAUGCCGAUGCCUUACGCUAUGCCCCAAAUGUGGUACGGCAUGCCCAACGCGGCACUUCCACCGCAGCCUCCGCCAUGGGACGCUAUGUUUCCCACCUAUGCAGCACGCGGUGGCGGCGGCGCGAGGCGUGCCGAACGAAAGAGUCAGCGACCACGAUUUACGCGCAGUAUAUAUCAACCAGAUCCAGAGGCGGAACGGCCUGAGGAUAGUAAGCCGUGUCGCACGCUAUUUGUACGGAACGUGGCAUUUGAAGUCAAUGUCAACGCACUGCGUGCCGAGUUUGCCUCCUAUGGAGAGAUUCGAACAUGGUUUGAUUUAAUUCAGCGCCGAGGCAUGCUUUUUGUUACAUACUAUGAUACACGCGCCGCUGAGCGCGCGCGCGCUGAAAUGAAUAAAAAGGUAUUGGUCGGCCGCGCGCUCGAUGUGCACUUCAGUUUACCCAAGGAUGAGGAUCAGGAACAGCAUUGUGAUCGUGAUAAGAAUCAGGGAACAUUAUUUGUCGUUGUGCAUGACGCAAAGGAUCCUGUGUCAGAUGAGGUGAUCCGAGCCCACUUUGAGCCAUUCGGUGAUAUUCGCGCUAUUCGUACAUACAAGGGGCAAUUGCACACUCGAUUUAUUGAGUAUUGGGACAGUCGAGCUUGUAUACAGGCGCAUGAUACCUGUCAGGACACCGAGUUCCUGGGUGGCAAGCUCCAGCUUAAGUUCGCUUGGGACUUGUCGACCGUGUCGCUCGUCAACGAUGCACGCACGCGUAGUGAAGCCAAGGCGGCCGCCGAGGCACGCGCCACCGCUAACCAACAGGAUCCCGCACCUCUUCCAGAGGGGGAGGCUGCUGAAAUAGCGCCAGCUUGGCCUGCCAAUGCUCCGGAAGAACGACUUGAGCAGGCACAAAAAGUGCAGCAGCUACUAGCUUCUCUUGGACCCCACACGGCGCACCAAACUCCGAGGGCGUCCGAAGACUUUGAGGGUAUUCCGCCCAAGAUACUGACAUAA